CUUCUCGUCGAGGAGUAUUGUUACGAAACGAUCCCAGAACACGGACAACAGAUAAGAUGGACAGGACACCGAGCUCUUCCAACCUGUCGCUUUCGGAUGAUGCUGCUUCCCCACUACGUCAAUGGCAUCAGCAGUAUGUAGCGGAGGAUGCGGAUCUCAUGAGCAGAGAUUCACCUUCAAUUAAAGAAGUUGAUUCGGAUACGCUUGACGUUGAAAUGAUCGAAAGCUCUAUCGUGGAAGCAUUGAAAACAAUGGAAGUUACGGAAGGCUUCUGCUGUGGCUGUAGAAAAAUGUUAGACCAUUGGCCCACGAUUGGUACUAGACAUGGAGCGCAUGGAGUUGCACGAAAUCUCAGCACAAGUGAAAUGGAGGCCGCUAAACGAAAAGGAUGUAGAUGUUGCACAUUUCUCCUUUCGCAUGUCGAUCCCCACUACUUGGACACAUUUCGCAAGCUCGAACGGCGACUGGCUAUCUUGAAAGUCUCCAGUACCGCCUCGAUAUCUGUAUGGAAUUGGGGGUCGGUCAACGGCACGCAGAUAUUAUGGGUGAAUUUCCCCGGGAAGAUAACGACCAACCCCAACUCCAAUCUGACUAACUCGUGGUCUUGCGAGUCUUACGUUCUCUCUCCUUCUGCUGAUUGCUAUAAUGAGCCUGUCGACAAUUUCGUUCUUAUGAAGACGUGGUUGAACGAUUGUGUCCACGGCCACACACAGUGCAAAAGCAAAAGCUCAAACGAGCAACCUCGAAGACUAGUGAACAUCGCCGAUGAAAACAUGAAGUUGGUAAUGACAGAUACUCUUCCGAACUUACCCCAUUAUGCGACACUAAGCUAUUGUUGGGGUAAGAAAGAUUUCGUCAGAUUGACCAGGGAAACCAUGACGAGUUUCUUAGAAUGUAUACCUAACGAGGAGUUGCCAAAAACAUUCAAGGACGCUGUUUUGAUUACAAAAACGCUCGGUCUUGAAUACAUCUGGAUCGACGCUCUCUGCAUUAUCCAGGGCGAAAGUGACCACCUCGACUGGUUGAGUGAAUGCGGGAAGAUGCGCUCUGUCUAUGGCAAAGCUCGCGUCAACCUUGCCGCUACCACCGCGACUGAUGCACACGGAGGUUGCUUCAUCAAGACUCCAAAAUUUAGCGGCGGUUUUAUCGCUCGGGUUACCAACAGAAAGUACGGCUGUGUCCGGAAUUUCCAUUCUCACGGAGUUGCCGAUUCUACUACAAAUAGAACGCACUUAGCGACCAGAGCGUGGACCCUUCAAGAGCGCCUCUUGGCCCCUCGUACACUCUACUUUGGGGAACAAGGUAUAUCCUGGGAAUGCAGGACUACAUGGGCUUCCGAAUUUCUUCCAGAUGGCACUCCAGAUACUCUAAGGAGCAGAGUGGUGAUCCCGGAGGACAAGCCUUGGGCAUGGGAUGACAUCGUCUAUCAAUAUUCCAGUGCUGAGUUGACGAAUCCGGCUACUGAUAAGCUGCCGGCUUUAUCUGGUAUCGCCAGGCGCCAGCACGAGGCCGUUGACGGCCGCUACCUAGCGGGUAUGUGGAAGGAGAAUUUGUUGAGACAGCUUCCCUGGCGAUGCCAUACGAAAAGUCAGCGAUCCAAGUGGCAAGCACCUUCGUGGUCAUGGACUUCAAUCAAUACGCAGACGUUUUACUAUGGUUAUUAUGACUCACUGGAUUCAGGUAUAGCUUCAGACGAAUACGCAUGUGUGUUGGAUGUUUGGACCACUCUCGCAGGCCCAGAUCCAUUUGGUGCCGUAACCGAUGGCGAGCUGCGCUUAGGUUGCAAAGCGUUAGUCCUUGGACGAUAUGUUGCCACCGGAGAUGGAGAAGGAACGCAAGACAUCAUCGAAAUAGAUUCUAGCGUGGAGCGUUUCAGGAUGUAUAUGGACAUUGCAGAUCUCGAAUAUGCUAGGACCGGUGAAACCGUGAUUGUUCUUCCUCUUUUUGAGGGUAGAUCGGGGAGUAGAUCGUAUAAGCGAAACAAAUCUCUCGGGUCCACCAAGCCAGCCAAGACGGAGUCGGAGAAAUCAGAUGAUAAAAUUCAUGGUUUUCAACAAGACGCUGUCACCCAUGAUAUCAAAAACAUAUCGCAUGAGAGUCAAUCACCAGUCGGAAGUGACAAUGACUUUGACGAUCAGCCAGAGAGGGAUAUGGAUGACUAUGAACUCGAAACGGAAGGAGUGUUAAUUCAAGGAAUCGUAAUGCGUCCUUUUCAAAAUAUGAAGGGUGUCUUUCAAAGGAUUGGAGCGUUCGAAUUCCUGCAUGAUAAGCCUCUGCAAGAUCCUGAUAUCGAGAAAAAUCAGUAUACUGAGUUCAUUCGAAUUAUGGGAGAAGUUGGGGUGUCGACAGCAGAAUCUUACUGUUCUGAAAUCCUGUCAGAGUGCGAGACUCCUGAGAUGCAGUAUGUUGUGACCUUGAAAUAA